AUGAGCAACCACUUGGACACAUCUGUCGUGGCGGACACAGGUGCUUCGGAAAAUGGCAAAAAAACACCAGAUGGACGUUUACCAAGCGACAGUACAGUCAGCCCACCACAAGAGCCAAGUUCAGAAAAGUCACCAGAGGAGCCGCCACCUCGGUCUGUCCAUGGGAUCAAGUGGUUUCUUGUCGUCGUUUCCCUUUUAGCCUCGUUUCUCCUCUACGCUCUUGACACAACCAUCGUCGCCAACAUCCAGCCCGCCAUCGUCAACACCUUUGGUCAUGUGGACCUCGUCCCUUGGCUGGGUGUCUCCUUCGCCCUCGCCUCAGCCGCUAGCACGCUUGUAUGGUCCAAAGCAUUCGGUGUAUUCUCCGCCAAGAAGCUUUUUCUCGGAGCCACCGCCCUAUUUAUGGGUGCUUCAGCACUGUGCGGUGGUGCCCCCAAUAUCAAUGCCUUUAUCGUGGGCAGAGCCCUUGCCGGCAUCGGAGGAACAGGCAUGUACAUGGGCCUUUUGACGAUCCUUUCUGUCAGCACGAGCGAUGUUGAACGGCCGAGAUAUCUCAGCCUUACUGGAUUUUGGUGGGGAAUUGGGACUGUCCUGGGCCCCGUAGUUGGAGGCGCAUUUGCCCAGAGCCCAGCCACCUGGCGAUGGGCGUUCUACCUCAACCCGUGUGUCGGAGGUGUUGUGGCUCCGAUAUACUUUAUCGUACUGCCGGACUACCAUCCACUUGGCAACAUUCCGCUCCGCAUUCGCUUGGCCAUGUUGGACUAUAUUGGCGCCGUGCUGUCCUCGGCAACAUUCUUAUGCAUCAUGAUGGCAAUGAAUUUUGGCGGCGUGUUGUGGCAGUGGAGCGAUGGCCGUGGUAUCGCACUCUUUGUGCUAUCUGGCGUACUUUUUGUUGCAUUCUGCCUUCAACAGGUCUACACUAUGAAAACAACCAUGGAGCACCGAAUCUUCCCUAUACAUUUCUUCGGGAACUACACAAUGGUUCUUCUAUUCGCCACAAUGAUGUUUGCCGCCUUUGGCUGCUUUAUUAGCAUCUAUUAUCUACCACUCUAUUUCCAAUUCACUCGGGGCGCUACAGCCCUGCAAACUUCCGUCCACAUUCUCCCGCUUAUUCUCUUUCUCUCAGCAAGUGUGCUUAUCAACGGUCACUUCAUGUCCAAGACGGGGUAUUAUUAUCCAUGGUAUCUCUUCGGAACCGCGCUCCAAACCAUUGGCGGUGCUUUACUAUAUACUGCAGAUGAGCAAACUAGUAACGCCAGAGUGUAUGGUUACACCAUCCUGCUCGGAGUCGGUGUUGGCUGCUACUGCCAGGCCGGCUUCCCAGUGGCCCAGAUGCAGGUUGCGCCCAAGGACAUUGCUUACAGCGUUGGCUUCAUGACCGUCAGUCAAAUGCUCGGCAUUGCAUUGGGCACAGGCAUCUCGGGAGCAGUCUUUGUAAAUAUAGCACAGCAAGGUCUGGAAAAACUCUUCCCCAACGCUACCGUGCAACAAAUCUCAUCCGCUGUGGCGGGUGUCGGAAGUGACCUGCUUAGUUCAUCGAGCCCUGAGCUGGCGGCAGCGGCGGUACAUGCAAUCGCAACGGCCAUUCAGGAUGCGUUUGUGCCGGUUUUUGUAUCUGGUGCAGUAGCUUUCUUGAGCAGCUUAGCCAUGAAGCGAGAAAAGGUCUUCUGUUAA